GAUAAUGAUGUGGUGGAAAUACUGUUCUCUCUUCUGCAUUUCUAAAGGGACUGCAACGACCCAGCCAGGACUUGAAAGCUGCUGGUAAGCUGCUGAGAACACAAUGAAGCUGGUGCCAAACCUCCUUUACUUGUUGCUGCUGGUGAAACUACAUCACACUGAAAGAACAGAUGAUGAACCACAGUUACCAAAAGAGCCUUGUGCAAAUUGGAUGGGAGGAGCACCUGGCUACCCAGGCCACAACGGUGUCCCAGGCAGAGAUGGAAAGGAUGGGAAAGAUGGGCAAAAGGGAGAGAAUGGAGAGCCAGGUGAGCCAGGCCCCAAAGGGGAUAUUGGAGAGGGAGGAAAUCCUGGGACUGAAGGUCCAAGAGGAUUUCCAGGAGUCCAAGGGAUGAAAGGGGAGAAGGGAGAAGGUGCAUAUGUUUACCGUUCUGCUUUCAGUGUGGGGCUCACAAGCAGAGUCCCUCACCCCAAAGUUCCCAUCAGAUUCACAAAGAUCUUCUACAAUGAACAGAAUCACUACGAUGAAACCACAGGGAAGUUCCGCUGCAGCAUUCCAGGCCUGUACUAUUUUGCAUACCACCUCACUGUGUAUAUGACAGAUGUGAAAGUCAGCCUGUAUAAGAAGGACAAGGCAGUGCUGAUCACCUAUGAUCAGUUCCAGAAAAAUAAUGUUGACCAAGCUUCUGGGUCUGUUUUGCUUCACCUGAGUGCUGGAGAAGAAAUUUGGCUUCAAGUGUAUGGAGAAGAAGAAAACAAUGGAGUCUAUGCUGAUAAUGUCAAUGAUUCUACGUUCAUGGGUUUCCUCCUUUAUCCAGACCUGGAUCUUUAUUAAAGUGUGAGACAGUACAUGGGGGAGGGAGAAGGGAGGAUUAGUCAAGGAAACGGUUUGGAUACACUCAAGGUUUUCCCAAGCACUAUUUCCAAACUGUACUUACUGGCAAACACAGUGUUUCAUAGGGCACAUUCACAACUGAUUAUAUGGAAAUGUGGAUAUCAAAAGAGGGGAAAUUGUCUUUGUAGUGAGUUAAUCAGUUUAGAUCUUUAUUCAGUCCUAAGUUGCUGGCCCACUUAUCUGCUAUGCUAGUUCUAUGUUGCUAUGAUUAGUGAUCUUAGUAACAUUCCUGCAGCUGAUCUUCAUUGUAGUUUCUUGUUUGAUUUUAUCUAAAGGAAAAUUAGCUUCUCAGUACCAAUUUAGGACUGAAUAAAGAUCUUAACUGGUUAACUCACCAUAAAAGCAAUUUCCCCUCUCUUGAUAUCCACAUUU